AUGGCCUUUUCUUCAUCGCGGAGUCGGCCCUCUUUACAAUCAUCGACCGAUUCAGCCGCUUCAAAGGAUGAAAAUCUCACCGCCUCGGCGCUCUCCUCGGCUCAUCGCGCGGGGGGAAGAGCUCCCUUCAACAGCACAUCGUUUUUGAUUCAAGAUGCACAGGAACGAGAAGCUGCUCAAGAGAGAAAAGUGGCCAGGAGAGCUCCUUUAACGCGAAGGGCGUCAAAAACAUGGUCGCAGAUCGAGAGGGAUGUAAAAGAUGAAAUCGAGAGGAUGGAUUUGGAUCAUUUUGUUGCCCUCGAGAAAGAAACUGAGAUUGAACAAACCGCUGGGAAAACUCGAGAUGAACUCGUUUCUCUACUCAUUGACACAAAGAUGAAAUAUCAAAAGACGCUCGAGGAUCUCGAGAAAAUUCAACAAGAAAAUCACUGCCUUAAGUCAAUGUUAUUUCCUGAUCUU